CGCACGCACAAACGGGAUUUCUGCUCAGCCAUGGCUCCCUGUUAGAUGCUCAAAGCGGCUGUUGUCAGAGCAAAUUAAAUCGGCACUAUCUCGCUGCAUUUCCUCCUGACCUUGCCUGCCUCUGCUUGGGUUUCAAUAUUUUAUUCGGGAUUCCUGUGCUGUCUCCCUCCCCAUGGCUACAUCGGAUGGACUAGACGGCUGUCUGCAACGAGGCAGAUCUCAAAGUGACCCGAACAUACUCACCGAACCAGGCAUCGAUUUGGCUCAAGGUACAGUCGAGCUGUUGGAGCAGCAGAGGGUGCUGAGGACAGGUUGCCUGGUGACCGGGGUCCACACUCCACCCAUCAGACGUAACAGCAAGCUGGCCACCCUGGGGCGUAUCUUCAAGCCCUGGAAGUGGAGGAAAAAGAAAAAUGAGAAGCUCAAGCAGAGUUCCACAGAUGUAGCAUUAUCCAGCGGACUUCUAUGUCACGACCCCAACUCCCCCACUCAAGGCUGCUGCUCAGAGGGUGGAGUCCUGCUUGGAUUUGGGGGACCUUUGAGCCCUAACCUCACUGUCAGCAGUGUGGAAUACCUUGGUCCUGACGAGGAUCACCUGCCUUCAGUAGCUUCCCCACUCCAGGACUGUGAACGAGAGGAGGAGAAUGUGCAGCUACCUGAGGACGAGGGAGACGAGAAGAUGCACCCUGCUGGGGAUUUCCCUGAGGGGCUGCAGGACAUGGCAGACCAGAUGGAAGACAGACGAGAGGAGGAGACUCCUCCAGCAACGUCCCCGCCACAAGUACCUCCAAAACAUCUGCCUCAGAAGCCUCCAUCUAUUGUAGAAGAUUCAGGGCCUGUGUCACUUCCGGCUCACCUGCCCAACUCCUACCUCCCCAAGGAGCCUCCACCCAGGGCCACAGAAAGCAUGGCUUCGAUGACCCUGCCACUACGAGGGCCACUGGCCAACGUCUCAGGGUCUCCACAUAUAGGCAAUAUGAUUCAUCCUCCCAUGCCCCCUAGCUGCAUCAUGGAGGAACUGCAGAGAGCGUUCGCUUCCAAGAACAGGCAGGAGAGUGUCCAUGAAGGGUGUGAGCAGGGCUCGCCCCCACGGCUGUGGUGCUCAGACGGGCGUCUUUCUCGCUCCUGCAGCUCUGAGAACCAGCAUACACUGUCUCUGGUGGGCGGCUAUGCCGGGGGUGGUGGCUCCGACUGGCCCAAAAAGGAGGCGGAGGAGAAUAAGGAGAACGUGCGGCUGGACCAGUGCUUCUCCAACACCUCAGGCCUCCCCAACGACCUGGACGGCUGGAACGACUCUGUCAUCUCUGGCACACUUCCUCGCAGGCUGAGGAAGGAGCUGCUGUCUGUCAAGCUACGAAACAGGCCCAGCAAGCAGGAGUUAGAAGACAGGAACAUCUUUCCAGUAAGGAGCGACCAGGAACGCCAGGAAAUUCGCCAGCAAAUCGAAAUGAAACUCGCCAAGAGGCUGAGCCAGAGACCAAAUGUGGAGGAGCUGGAGAGUCGCAACAUUCUCAAACAGAGAAAUGACCAGACGGAGCAAGAAGAGAGGAGGGAAAUCAAACAGCGGCUAAACAGAAAGCUCAACCAGCGGCCCACGGUGGACGAACUGCGAGACAGAAAGAUUCUGAUCCGCUUCAGUGACUACGUGGAGGUGGCCAAAGCUCAGGACUACGACAGAAGAGCCGACAAGCCCUGGACCCGGCUCUCAGCAGCAGACAAGGCUGCAAUCCGAAAAGAGCUGAACGAAUUCAAAAGCACUGAGAUGGAAGUGCAUGCCUCAAGCAAACACCUAACAAGGUUCCACCGGCCAUGAAAGUGGGGAGUUUCUUCUGUGAAGAAUUGCUGAGCGUAGAAAUGUUCUGAAGCUGCUCCAAGCUGCUCAGCAGUGACAGCUCGGAGAGCCUGGAGCCUUUUCGUCUUCAGUGUGUCUCUGACAUUCUUCCAGCACCCUGAAUAUCCAACAUCAUUUGCCUAAGAGCACAGGUGUAGGAGAGAAGAUGAUGUCUAGAGACAACUGGACGUCACCACAUGGUGGAAGAGGACUUUGGUGGAGCCUCUGACUCUCAGGAAGAGAGUGGAGGGGAUAAAAAAACAAUCCUGUCAUUCAGUGUUUUUUUUUUUGUACUAUUACAUGGACUACUAUGACAAGGCGGUGUGAAUCCGUGUUGUGGGAAGAAGUUGUGCAUGUGACCUGCUUCACCUUUUCUUAAAUGAUGAAUAAUGUGUCACUUGGACUGUGUAAAGACUGUGCAGUGUGGGGAAAGUGGUAUUGGGAAUGAAUUUGAUAUUAACUGUACAUACAGUAUGUCAAUAUGAAUGGGACUGUCAAUGUCUUCACUGAAAAGAGAAAUACCUUUGUAAACACUACUUGUCUUCA